UAAAAAUUCUUUCAUACUAAACAAGGAAAAAAAGGUGAAGGGGGAGUACUAUCUUGUACCGCAGUAGCAUAUAUAUUCCGUGCGGAGCUCUAGAACCCGCCAAUUUCCUCAAAAAAUUCUAAUCUUCUUCGCAAAAAAAAAAGAAAAAAACUCCAAACCCUUUCCCCCCCAAAGCUACAAUCACUGGCACUAUCAACGUUACCAGAAAAAAAAAAUUCCCCCAAAUUAUCUGAAGAAUGAAAAUGGAGAAAGUGCAAUUAGGAAAGGGCAAUGCAUCUCCAUCGGAUUCACCAACUUACAAACCCCCAUUCAACAUCGGCGACGAAGUGGAGGUCACAAGAGAGCAAGCCGGUUACAGCGGAGCUCGUUACGAAGCCGUUGUUGUUGAGCCGUUAAAGCCAGUAGCUCCGACUCAUUACCCUAAAAACGACAGCAAGAGAAGAGGUUUUUGGGUUGAGUACAAGCAUUUGUUAGCUGACGGUGGUGAAUCGGUACCCAAAAAGGAGUUUGUUAGGAAGAAGUGUUUAAUUAGACCUGUACCGCCGGUUGCGACGAAAGAUGAGAGGAGGGGUUUUCAAGUUAAUGAUGUUGUUGAUGCGUUUCAUCUUGCGGGGUGGUGGACGGGUGUUGUUGUUGGUAUUGUUUGGGAUGAUGGUGGGGAGAAUGGCUGUAGGUACCGGGUUGGUUUUACGGAACCGGAAGAGGAGAUUGAGUUCUCUGAACUUGAUUUGAGGUAUCAUCUUGAAUGGGUUGAUGGAAAUUGGGUUCGUGCUGAUAAGAUGCCUCUUCAAUUGGUAACUUCAAGUGCCGCAUUAAAUCACAUGAUCACGGGAACAGCCUCUUCCAAGAAGAAACUGGAAGUAGAUUCUAGGACUGAUGAUGUACGGCCUCCGAAGAAGUUAAGAAGUAGAAAGCAUAUUGUAGAAGCUUUGGAGAAUCAAGAAUCUCCGAGGCCUUCUGGAUCUGGGAAGGCACGUACUAGGAAAUCAAGAUUACUUGAUUUAGUAGAGAACAAAGUUUGCUUUGAAAAUGUGGUUGAUGGGGAAAUCCUAGCACCUUGUGUCCAUGAUCUCAAGCGCAACGGAGAUAAGGAUGGGAAGCUAAGUGAUUCUAAAUUUCAGAUUGUUGAGGGUAACAGGGAAAGAAGUAUCGUGGACCUGCUUGAAAAUAGGUCACUUGCUGUGACUCAAGGUGAAGAGACACAAGUACUUGAAAACACUCUCCAUGACUUGGUUCGAGCUGAGUUAUAUUCAAGUAAAACUAAUGGGAUAAGUACUUCAGCAGGAGGCUCUGCUGCAGCAGUCCAACCACGUGCUGGGACCACUACUGAACAACUGAAUGAAAUGCCAAAUGCUGAGCUUAGUUCCGCCACUACGCCUGAGCCUGAGCCGAGGUUGGUACUGCCAUUUAAGAAGAACUCCGCUCUUUGGAAGGAACUUGAAUCUAUGGAAGUAUUUACAAAAAUUCCACAAAAUCCACAUUUUUCACCUUUAGCACAAUAUGAUGAGAAUAAACGAGAAGAAGUAGCUUUACUGAAGAUAACAAAGUAUGUUAUUCUUGUUGAGAGGAUACCAAAGUUAACUGUUGCAGAACUUAAUAGUUCAGCCAUCAUUAGUGACAUGCUGGACACUAUCAAGGACUUGGAGGAGUAUGGAUUUGAUCUAAUCCAGAUCAAAGGUCAUUUGAACGAUUUGCUGUUGAAAAACGAGAAACAAACUUACCUCCGUAGCAAGUUGGAAGAAGAGGACGAUAAAAUCAGAAAAUGCUAUCUUGAGAGAGCGGUAGCUGCAAAUGAGAUUACCAAGAUUGCUAUGAAGAUAAAGGAUCUACAGAAAGAACUUAUGUCAGCCAAAACCACGAUUGAGACGAUGGAUAGUCAUAUCAAGCUAUCGGGAUCUGCAAAGGGUGCCAUUUGUGAUGAAAUUCGUCAUGUCGAGCUUGAUUUUGAAGCAACAGUGGCUUCAGUGAAGCAUAUCUUCAGCUGAAAUAGAACUUCCUCCUUUGUAAAUCUUUAUCUGAAAGACAACUGAUUUUGUAGAAAUAACAACAACAGACCCAGUGAUUUUGUAGAAAUGUGGAGUAAUAUGUUCCGUCAUUAGAAACAAAUUUGGUACGAUAGUUCUUAAUUACGAAAACAUAUUUUGUAAAUUAGUUUAGCUGUUUGGUGGCAUGUUUCCUUCUAACAUUGAUAGGAGGACUUUUCAGUUGCUAGAAACAUGUAGAUCUUAACUUGUUUGAAAUUAAGACGUAGUUAUUGUUAUAGUACUAUUAACUCA